CCGGCAUGACAACCAGGAGUCGGUUGUGCUGAGGCCCUGAGCCCCAUCUGUCAGAAGGGGCCUGAGGCUGAGGUGGAGGCUGGGAGUUUGGGGCUGUGGGUGGAUCCUCUGAAGGCCAUGGACUCCUCCACGGGGCCCAGGAUGCCUUUGCUCAAAUACUGCAGCGUGGCCACAAGCCUGAAGGCCCCUGGCUGGGACGGUGCUGCUCCACUGUGGGACCUUUCCUUCACCUACCCCUUUGCCCUCCAAGCACCCUGGCUCACCGGGCACAAGCCCCUCGCAAGGCACACCUCUUCUUGCCCGUGUCUCCACAUUGCCGACCCAGCAUGGCAAGGGCCUGGCUGGCUGGGAAGAGCUGGAGAUGCUGCCAACACAUGGGUCCUGGCAAGAAGGGAAGCAGAUGGCUUUUACUACUGGGCUCAAAUAAAGGCUGCUCCUGAGCUGGAGAGACAGGGGGUCCUGUUUGUGGAAUUUGAGGCUCCUCUUGUCGCAGGCCCAAAGCUGCCAGCCCGGCAGCAGAGAGUGGUCUUAGAAGAGGAUGUCAUUCCUCUCUCACCAUCUGUAGGAUACUCACUGAGACCAGGGGACAAGGUGCUGGCACUUUGGCAGCCAGGACAACAGCAGUAUGGUCCUGGCACUGUUCUUUUGGGCUUGGAGAUGAGAGAUCCCCGGAGAGCAUCAAAGGAAGAAGAAAUCACUGUUCAUUUCUGGAAUGGCAGAGCCGCUAAAGUGCCCCUAGGUGGGGUCCAGUCGGUGUCCCUGGCCAUCUGGAAGAAGGCUGUGGAGAGGCUGCACAAGUCUUUCACCAGGGAGCAUCCCAGGCCCCUUCACUCCCCAUGCUGCUCUCUGCUGGGGCCAAUCACUGGGCGCAUCACUAACGAGCUUCCUCCGGGCACUCCAUUCCUGUGCCCUCUCUGCCACCCUCAUGCCUGCUGCCAGCUGCUGUGCCAGGGCUGCCUCUGUGGCUGCCCCCCAUGUGGCACCACUUGGUGGCCUCUAACCAGGACCUCAGAAGUCACAGCCAGAGAACUUCCAGAGUUGGAGCCCCCAGCACAGCUUUUGCCCCUGGAAGGUCCUAAAGGGGAAAAAGUAGCAACGCACGCUCCCCUGGCUGUUUCCUCCUCCUCCUCCUCCUCCCGUGAACAAGACGAUGUGGAGAAUGAUCUGGAGAUGGGCCCUCCCCAGAGACUGAUGGUAAACAGUGCAGUCAACACAGAUCCCAUCCUUCUUGAGACUCCUUUGAGGCAGAGUGGCCUCUGCCAGCCUGAGUGGAGGUAUUGGAGGAGAAACGGGCCUGAGCCACGCCCUGGGAAGCCAGGAACAAGAUAUUCCAACAUCUGGAAAGAAGAAAAGGAUCACAAACAGCAGAGAGCACAAACUGUAGUAGUGGGGACUACCACGGAGCUGGUCUUGAAGGCAACCAACACGAAGCCACCGCAGACCCCGCCAGGGGAAGUUGAACACAGAAAGCAGAGUCAGAGCCUUGCAAUAGGUCCAUGGAACAAGAAUUCCCCUUAGACUGAGAGCCCUGAGGAUCUAGGUAAAGAAUAAACAUGUAUAACUUGAGAGUUAUACAGAGUGGCUGACAAGGCCUUCAACGGAAGGAGGCACAGGACAGGCCACAGGUAACAGUCAAAUAACCAGCAGUAUCUCCACCCCACGAAGACCUCCCUGCAGAUAAGCAGCAGGAAGGCACCUGUUGUGAGGGGUAUAGGAGUGUGGGGUCCUGCCCUGGGGGUCCCUGCCAGGGCCCUGGUGAGACUGCUUUAAGAUGCCUCUUCCAAGGAAGAGAGGGUCAGCCUGCUUUGGGCAAAUGUGUCCACAGCCACUCUGCCACCUUUCCAUAAAGCCUACCGUUGUACAUGAGUGACAUUUUUGUUUUACCUCUCAAUAAAAAUGAAUUCUCUUCA